CCCAGGUCCCCUGCCACAGGUUUCAGGGACCCUGAACGCCGCCGCUGGCUGCCCGGGGAGGAUUUGUAAGCCAAGGAACCACCUCGCCCGUGGUGCCCCUGUCCCCAAUCCACUUUUUCUUCUCUUUGGGGCGCAUUUCGUUUGCGAUCGGGGCUGUCCCCGCACAAAGCGGGUAAACAUGCCGGUGCGUACCGAGCGCUGCAGUAACUCCACGGCCUACGCAUCCUCGGCCUCUCUUAUCCCGCCACCCCCGAUCAACGCGCAGCAGCCCGGCGUUGCUACAUCUCUCCUGUACAGCGGUUCUCAGUUUCGAGGGCACCAGAAGAGCAAAGGGAACUCUUACGACGUUGAGGUUGUUCUGCAGCAUGUGACUAUGGAGGACUCAUAUCUCUGCGGUUACCUCAAGAUCAAAGGGCUGACAGAGGAGUACCCCACCCUCACCACGUUCUUCGCUGGGGAGAUCAUCAGCGAGAAGCGGCCCUUUCUAACCAGGAAGUGGGAUGCGGAUGAAGACGUGGACCGCAAACACUGGGGCAAGUUCCAGGCUUUUUACCAGUAUGCCAAAACCUUCAACUCCGACGACUUCGACUACGAGGAACUGAAGAACAGCGACUAUGUCUUCAUGAGGUGGAAGGAACAGUUCUUGGUCCCCGAUCACACCAUCAAGGACAUCAGUGGCGCCUCCUUCGCUGGCUUUUACUACAUCUGCUUCCAGAGGUCCACAGCCACCAUAGAGGGCUACUACUACCAUAGAAGUUCUGAAUGGUACCAGUCCCUGAACCUCACCCAUGUCCCCGAACACAGUGCCCCCAUAUACGAGUUCCGGUGACAGUCACGCCCCGGCACCGGUGGCAGAGGAGGAUCUUCGGCACCGUCCCACAGAGGACGUAAAAGACAAAGGAGGCAAAAACGGCAAGAAAAAAAGAGACACAAACAAAAUUGUCAAACCACGCCCUGGACAUGCCGCUUUCUCUGAAAGGAGACGGGUGACAGAUGGGCAGGAAGCCGAGCUGUCGACAGGCAGGCCCACCAGCAGGGGGCAGACUGGAGCAGGCAUCAUCGAGGGGCGGGGGGGAUUUGCGGUGCUGUGUUUUCGUGCCGUUUCUCCUCCUCUAGUGUCAGCAUCCAUUUUCUUUUUAAGCUGCUUAUGUUUUUACCUGUGCUCUCGUCACAGUCUCUCUGCAUUUGUUUUUACAGUGGGGAUUUUUCUUUGUUUCUUUCUUUCUCCUCAUUACCCCCUCCUCAUGUGAAAAACCAACAACUGCCAGGGGUGUACCUUUAGGUUUUCCUCCAUAUGGAAGGGUUAGCGGGAGGAGGCUAAUGCUUAACAUUUUAAUACUUUUUUAACAAGCAAAAGAACACUGCCUGUUGGAUCUACUGCCUUUGGGCUGCACAGAAGUCCAAAAGGCACAGGGGCCUUUAUCUACCCCUCCACUGCCAAACUUAUUUUAUGAAGUUUUGCGUUUUUGCAAGAAAGCUGUGCAGGAAAGCAGCGAUUUCCCGCUACACAUGGUGUGGCAGAAUAGCUCUUGGGAGAGCAACCCACGUGAGGUCUUUAAAAUCCCCAUGCUUUUAAAAGGUGGCUUUGGCGCCCUCUACAGAGCUUGGGAGCAGCUGCGGACGAGCUCGGCUAACAACUGCCCAUGUGUGCUGGCAGGCAUCCAUGCCCAGUCUCGUUUCCAACGCAGCAUCCCAACAGAGAGAAUUGCAAAAGAGAGAUGCACUGCAAGUCUCCUCCCCUCUGCU